UUUUGUUUUGUUACUUAUGUGUAAAACUCGGGGUGAUAUAAACUUUUCAUUUUUUUAUAAACUUAAAGCCUUUGAAUGUUGUGGCUAAAACUGUGUUAUAAAGUUUUUAUGUAAGAUCAUUUAACUAUAAAUUCUGGCACUAUUUCAAUCAGAUAUAAUAGUAGUAAACCUGAACAAAACUUUAUAAAAAAGAAAUUCAAUACGUUUACAAAACCAUUUUUAACAAUGUGUUAAACUCGGACUGACAUAAACCUUUCAAAAAUAUUUUAAAGCUAAAUAAGGCAAAAUAUCCCGCAAGCAUUCUUGAUUUUAACGCCAUGUUUAUGAAAUGCAAUACAAGUAUUUAAAAUAAUGAAUGGUUGAGGUAUGAGCCCCGUUAAGGACACAGGUAUAUGACCAGAUUGCAUAAUAGAUUUCUCCCAUUAUACCUCUCUGUAGACAAUAUAUUGGAAUACAUUAUCAUGCGAAUGUAAAUUAUUUAAGCAGUAUAAAUUUUGUCUGUGUAACAUGUACUUUCUCUUUCAAUAGUUCAUUCAACGACGUAAACGUAUUUAAUUAAACACAAGUCGGAACGCAGUAAAUAAAUUCACAGUUGUGCUAGCCAAGGCAGCUCAUGGAUGAAGUCCCGGGCAAGAAACUCCAGACAGACGCCUCUGCUCUGGAGACGAACCACUGCCAGCCCUGUUUCCAGGAUGGAGAAACCCUUCCAGCCGAAGCCUAUUGUACCUUCUGCAAGGAGUUUAUGUGCUCCAAUUACACACACGUACACAGGAAACAAAGAAUAACAAAGUCACAUACACUUCUUGACAAGAGCAGCAUGCCUCCUACUAUGCAAGAUUUUACAAUCAAAGAAGAGAGCACACAGCCUUGUGACAUCCACCCUGAAGAAUGUAUAAAAUACUUUUGUCCGACCCAUCAGACACUUAACUGCGGACAUUGUUCAGUCCUUGAUCAUCAAUCUUGUAAACAGCAGAUCAUUUCAGAAAUUGCUAAAGCCUUCAAAGAGGGUCAAGGUUAUGAAGCAAUAAAACAAAUCAUUGUUCAAUUACUGAGAGAUACUGAUGUAUGCGUGGACAAUAUUAAAGAAAACAUUAAGCUCGUAGAAGGCUUUGGGGAACAUGAGAUUGCUAAUAUAAGAAAUUAUCGAGAUCAGAUAAACAAAUACUUUGAUGAACGUGAAAACGCACUUCUGAAGAUCAUUGCACAGAUGCAAAGCAUGAACGAAACCCUACUGGACUCUCUGAAAUCAGAAUGUGACAACCUUAAGAUAGAGGUAAAUAAAAUCAAAGAAGAACUAGAAGCUCACGAGAAUAACAAUUACCAGCUGUUUAUUGAGGCCCACACAGCCAAGAACGUGCUGAAGAAACUGCAAUCAACUCUUGUCGAGAUAAACAUAAAACAUUCAAUUCACGAGUAUCAGUUUAGAAAGGACCCCAUCACUGAGGAAGUGCUUGGUUCCAAGACCGGCAUCGGUUCUAUUGAAGAAACGACUACUGCAAAUGCUCUAGGUUGGGACGGGCAUACAACUUCAGCAGAUAGCGACAUCCAGGCUACCGAAACGACCAAGACAUUCUCGGCCAAUACAGAAACAGAAUCACCCCUGAAUCCUAGUGGGACGCAAACAUCUGCAAAACAAAAACACGAAAAGCAGACAACAAUCAGAACUGGCCUGGCCAAACUGAAGUACACUCCAACCGCAGGCAUCCUUGUCAAGACAUCAUCUAACACCAGCGAAUGCUGGCUGACCAGCUUGCUCGAACUGCCUGGAGAUAGACUGCUACUGGCUGACUUCAAUAGCAUAACAGUGGAGCUGGUGGACCUCAACACCUGCAGCUUAGUGGACGAGUUCAGAGUGCCAACAGGGCUAUUGGGUAUGUGUCUCCUCCCUGGAGACAGGGUAGCUGUUAGUUCACAUAGGAGUAUUCUGCUCCUGGAGACAUGUGGACAACUCUCCCUUGGGAAUUCCAUCAGUGUGGAUGGUGAAUGUUGUAGUGUUGGUUACGAUAACAAUAAUUUAUUUGUUUCAUACAACGACGGGGUAGUGGAGAAGAUGGAUAUGGAAGGGAAAGUAAUAAAGAAAGUUACUAAAGGUUGGUUUUCUAACAGCCCGUUUAAGAAACCUUCCUAUCUGAAAGUUGUCAGUGAAGGUCCGACAAAGGCAAUUUAUGUUUCAGACUAUGAAACGAACACAAUCACCAGACUGGACAUGAAUCUAAACAUUCUCCAGACAUUCCAGGACCCUGCUCUGAGAGGACCAACAGGGAUCACUGAGGUGGGAAACCAGUUGCUUAUCUGUGGUGGGUUAAGUAAUAAUAUAAUGUGCCUGGACCUGCCAAGUGGCCUGAUGACUCAGCUAGCGGGAAAGAAAGAUGGGAUAGAGUCGCCAAACAAUGUCUGCUACAUUCAGCAGCAGAACAAGAUGUACGUUACUGUCGAUUCAUUUCCGAAUACAAACUAUGUCAAGGUGUAUGAGACAACAUGAACAUUUUAUUAUAUAUAUUAGCUUUGAAUAGGCAACUGAACAAGAUGUGACUUAUAUGUGAACGAAGGUUUGAAAGUGAAUACGACAAACUGAACGUUUUAUUAGAUAUGUUUUCUUUGAAUAAGCAGCUGUGUCAAGUUGAGUAUUUGAACUCAAAAUUCCAUCAAAUACAUACUUGUUUUCCUUCGUCUAAUUAUGUAUUCAUUGCCUAAUAUAAUGUUAUAAAAAGACAAGUUAAUAAAAAUGUAAAUAGGGUCAGACUUAGAAAACGUAUGCUCAUGAGACUUGUGACUAAAAUGCUUGUAGCAAUGAUAAACAUAUUAGAAUGUUUAAAUAAAACAUUAUUGCUAAGAAUUUUUUAAAAUAUGACUAAAAAUGCUUUCCUUUGCCGAAAAGCGUAAGUAAAGCAUUUGAAAAUCAUUGACUUUCGGCUUUGAUUAACCAUAACUUUCUCAAAUAAUUAUCUGCUGGU